AUGAGCUACCCAGGCUACCCCCCGCCCGCAGGCGGCUACCCCCCAGUUGCACCAGGUGGUGGUGCCUGGGGAGGUGCUGGCUACCCCCCACAGCCCAACAUGCCCCCUAUUGGGCUGGAUAACGUGGCCAACUACGCGGGGCAGUUCAACCAGGACUACCUCUCGGGAAUGGCGGCCAACGUGUCCGGGACAUUCGGAGGAGCCAACAUGCCAAACAUAUACCCCCCUGGUGCCCCUGGCGCCCCUGGGGGCCCUGGGGGCGGUUACCCUCCUCUGCCGCCUGGGGGCUUUGGGCAGCCCCCUUCCACGCAGCAGCCUGUUCCUCCGUAUGGAAUGUACCCGCCCCCUGGCGGAAACCCUCCGUCUGGGAUGCCUUCAUACCCGCCCCCUGGAGGAAACCCACCAUCCGGGAUGCCUUCAUACCCGGCAUACCCAGGGGCCCCUGCACCAGGCCAGCCCAUGCCGCCUCCCGGACAGCAGCCCCCAGGAGCCUACCCUGGGCAGCCACCAAUGACCUACCCUGGGCAGUCGCCCAUGCCACCUCCUGGGCAGCACCCGCAGCCGGUGCCAAGCUACCCAUCAUUUCAAGGUUCCGGGACCGUCACCCCUGCCGUGCCCCCAUCUCAGUUUGGGAAUCGAGGGACCAUCACAGACGCUCCUGGCUUUGACCCCCUGAGAGACGCCGAGGUCCUGCGGAAGGCUAUGAAAGGCUUUGGGACUGACGAGCAGGCCAUCAUCGACUGCCUGGGGAGUCGCUCCAACAAGCAGCGGCAGCAGAUCCUCCUGUCCUUCAAGACGGCGUACGGGAAGGAUUUGAUCAAAGAUCUAAAAUCUGAACUGUCAGGAAACUUCGAGAAGACUAUCUUGGCGCUGAUGAAGACCCCAAUCCUCUUUGAUGUUUACGAGAUAAAGGAAGCCAUCAAGGGGGCUGGCACGGACGAAGCCUGUCUGAUCGAGAUCCUCGCCUCCCGCAGCAACGAGCACAUCCGGGAACUGAGCAGAGCCUACCAAGCAGAAUGCAGAAAGACCCUGGAGGAGGCCAUUCGAAGCGACACGUCAGGACACUUCCAGCGGCUCCUCAUCUCUCUCUCUCAGGGAAACCGGGAUGAAAGCACAAAUGUGGACAUGUCGCUCGUCCAGAGAGAUGUCCAGGAGCUGUACGCAGCUGGGGAGAACCGCCUGGGAACAGAUGAGUCCAAGUUCAAUGCAAUCCUGUGCGCCCGGAGCCGGGCCCAUCUGGUGGCAGUUUUCAACGAGUAUCAGCGAAUGACAGGCCGGGACAUUGAGAAGAGCAUCUGUCGGGAGAUGUCCGGGGACCUGGAGCAUGGCAUGCUGGCCGUGGUGAAAUGCCUCAAGAACACCCCUGCCUUCUUUGCUGAAAGGCUCAACAAGGCCAUGAGGGGAGCAGGAACGAAGGACCGGACCCUGAUUCGCAUCAUGGUGUCCCGCAGCGAGAUCGACCUCCUGGACAUCAGGGCGGAGUACAAGCGGCUGUACGGCAAGUCGCUGUACCACGACAUCACGGGAGACACCUCGGGGGAUUACCGGAAGAUCCUGCUGAAGAUCUGUGGUGGCAACGACUGA